UUGGAGGCGGUGAGUUGCAUUGUUAGAGGAAAAACCUGAGAGUCUAAAUAGGUACUUCAGUGAUCGCGCAGCACAAAAAAAGAAAAAAUGUCCUCCGCGUCUCAGGGUUUUCACCGUGCUCGUGCGGUGAGCAACCCGAAUCCACAGGCGACCUACACCAAAUCGAAUAUUCACCACCUAAAUCGCAAUUCUUUGAUGCAGCAGCAGCAGCAGAUGCAGCAGAAUACUUCCAAAUCUUCAAGGGUCAGGAGUGAAGAACAAAUUAUUGUGCGCGAAGUGGAGCGGGCGAACAUGGCUCUAGAUGAGCCACGACAUCACGAGCAGUAUUCCUCAAGGCAAAGUGCUGCCACCGCUGUACCGCCCACCACCUCCACUGGAAGAAAUGUUGCAGCACCAAAGGCGAUCAGUACUAGUACCGCGAGCUGCGCGACCACAACGACAAAAGAAAAUCCUCAUGCCAGCACCAGUUCCGACACUACUAGCUCUAGCUCCGCCACCAAUCAGGAACACAAAGGUCGGGAGUUCUUCAAGGUUUACGAGUCUAGAUACCGUGCCAUUGACGAGGCGUUCAUCUCUCGGUACUACGCAACCAACGCCACCUACCAAGACCCCUUCGUCUCGGUGAAGGGAAUCACGGACAUUGCGGCGCAGUGGCAGAGCUUCAGACUGUUGCCGUUUACGGAGACGGAGAUUCAGGUACUAGAACAAUGUCAAUAUGCAGCAAAGCGCCUUCUUUCCUUGGUUUGGGUAAGUACUUCUUCUUCUAUCUAGUUCUAGAGAUUCAGGUAUAUGUCAAACCGCGGGAAUUCGAAUUAUCAAAAGAGUCGCUAACAACAAGUGCGCGCAUGAGAUAAUAUUGAAAUCCAAACGCCAAAACACAUUGUUGUCUCACUAUCAGAUCUUGAGCAAUUCAAGCGAAGAAACCAAAGUGCGGGUCGCAGCGCGUCUGAAGAUGAAAAUCGGGCCGAAGCAGCCGAAGCCAGCGAAGGCGGGUGGUGCGUCUUCUUUGACAUUGACGUCGUCUUCUUCUACUGGAGCGGGUACUAGCAAAACUACCACAUCGACCCCUACCUCGUCCUCUACUUUCGCCUCCCUCUUUCCCGCCAUCACUUUGUCGCUGGACAUUUUCAUCAAUUUAGAUUUAGAUCCGGAGUCGAAAAAGAUUGUCCACCACAAGGACCAGUGGGACUUGGCCAGUUUGAUGGAGAACGUUCUCUCCCAGACCCACGCUUUUCAAUAUCAAGAGGAAAAAUCCCCCCUCCCCAUAUCGCAGGGGAAGUCUGUGAUGCUGUAUUUGCGUACACAAAUCAGCUUUGUCUUGCAGUACAGCACUGCAGGCAGAUACAAAGCCCGGAAAGGGGUGGCUUGAGGUAGUUGCUUAGCAUGGCAGACGUCUGCCCCGUUGGCGCAGCAGCAUUACAAAUCGCCUGCGAAAUGCGGCGGAAGCUCUGGCUUUGCUCUCUUGCAAGACAGACUCGAUCUGUGGCCACAAAUCAGCAUCGCAAAUUUUGAAAAGCGCGCCUUUUCGAUAUGGGGAGGGAGGGUUUUUCCUUACAAUAUUCAAAUUCGCUCUUUCUUCGGGAGCUGCAAGUGCUACGUGGUGAAAAAGAUGAUUGAGAACAUCCAAAUGUGCAAAAAAGCGGUCAGCUGCGGGAGGAGAGCUGGUAAUGGUGUCAACAAUGGCAUCAACUACAAUUCGGCACGCGGCCCUGCGCGGCGAAGAAGUCAGGCCCAUGAAAUUGUAACCGAAAGCAAAACGUCGAGAAGACCUUCGAACGCAUCAUCCAUUACAGGAGCUCCGACAUCAUCAGCUUCUCCGGACAUGAUUAGCAGAAGCAAAACUUCUACUGGAAGAAAAGCAGCGCCGGAAAAGAUCACGACCACCACCACGCAGAUAGCCCGCGGUCUUCACAAGGAAGAGGAGCGCGUAAUAGCACAAUCCGAGACCACAGCGAGCAGUGCGGCUCCGAGCGCACGAAGUUCGAAGCAGUCUACUUUUUCGUCGUCGUCCAAGGAGAGUUCUGUUGCAGGGGUGACUGGUGGGAGUUUUAUGCAGGUGGCCCACAAUAAUGAACCCGCCACUGUGAUGUCAACUUCGCAGGGAUCGUCACCUGGGCCAGAGGGUAAAAAUGCGAAGUCCGGCACUACUUUCUCAGGGGAUCAUAUCGGGAGAAAAACCUCCGAACAAGUACAGCAGGAAAACGACACUUCUGGAAUAAAAAACCGAUCUUCAACCACUUCUAAGAAAUCGGGCAGCUCGCGGCACAGGCGCAGUAGUCCAGAAGUCGUGCCCGAAAUGUAGACAUGAUGAUGCGUGCUGUAGUAGACGAAUCAAGUGAUGGGCACAGCAUCAGAGAACGAUGUGUAGUGUGCAGUAGCUUUUUUGGUACUAGUAAACUCUAUCGAUGUUUAUGUUGAACAAAGAAGCCAAGUGGAUCCUACCUUGAACUGAUAUUCACCGGUUUGUAAAU